GUCGUAUUUUAUUAUUUAGAUAGCAAAAUAAAAAUUAUUAGGAAAAGUUAAUUUUAAUAUGAGAUAAUUUGGUGGAGAAUCUCUUGGAAGAUUUUGAGUAUGAAGUCCAAGGUCCAUAUUUGCUGUACCGUAAUGCAGCCCAAGAAGUAAAUGGUAUUUGGUUCUACAAUAAACGAGAGUGUGACGAGGUUGCAAAUCUUUUUGGCAGGAUACUCAAUGCUUACUCCAAGGUGCCUCAGAAAUCAAAGGUAGCAUCAGCAAAAAGCGAGUUUGAGGAACUGGAAGCUGUCCCAACUAUGGCUGUUAUGGAUGGUCCUCUGGAGCCAUCAUCAUCAACUGGUACUAACAUCAAUGAUGCUGCUGAUGAUGCUGCCCUGGCUAACUUCUUCAGUGCUGCUGUGACUGUUGGAACUGCUUCAAGUGCAGCAGUUCCUGGGCAACAAUUCCAGUCACCUCCAUCAAUGGCGGCUCCUUCUCACCCAGCCACUAUUCCAUCCUCCACUGUUCCAACCUUGCAAGUACAUUCUCCUCCUCAGGCUUCAUCAACCCCUUUAAUGACACUACUCGAUUCCUCUGAAUCUAGCAGCAACAGCAAUAAUACCACUAAUCUUGUAAAGCCUUCCUCAUUCUUCAUACCUCCUUCUUCUGCAAAGAUAAUGCUACCUAUCUCUACAUCUUUGCCUACUGCACCUCCACUGAACCCUUCUGCGAGUCUGCAACACCCAUAUGGUGCUCCAUUGCUUCAACCUUUUCCACCACCAGCUCCUCCACCAUCUCUUACUCCUGCUUCUGUUCCUGCUCCAAAUUAUGGUCCGGCUAUUAGCAGAGAAAAGAUCAAGGAAGCACUUUUGGCACUUGUGCAGGACAAUCAAUUCAUUGACAUGGUGUACCGGGCGGUGCUGAAUGCUCACCAUUCAUGAAUCGUGGGUCAAGGUUCAAUUGGAGGAGGCACCAACAUACUUCGAGUUUUUGUUUAUUGUGUAGGUUCUGUUUUCCUGUGAUUCGCUUCUGUUUACGCAUCACCUUUCUAGAAGUAUUUUGUUUUUGUUGAAGACCCUUCUUGUAUAGAAUUUGAACUUUGUUGGUGGCUUUGGUGGGGUGUUAUAUAAAUACAGUUGCUAUGGUUUUUCCUUUUUUAUUUUUAGGGUGAAGAGAUAAAUCUGUAAUUGACUUAACAUUGUUUUAUGUAAUAAGUCCAUUUCUAAGCA